CCUGUGGCUGGGAUCCGACCGACUUUUGACAGUCAACCUCCGGCAGCGGAGCGGCCGAGCGGCGGCGGCGAGCGCACCAAGUGGUCGUGGAGCCGCGCACCGGUGUGCGGGGGUGGCGGCGGCCUGCCGGUUCCGGUUUGAAGACGCCACCCCUGAUCACCCACUGGAUUAUGCCCGUGGCUUUCCUACCUGAUGAUUCUCUUGCAGCAGGCUGGACUUCCUCCACCUAAGCGACCCUCGACCUCUCCUCCUAUGUCAGUGGCUGCCAGGUCCACAAGGACCUUGCAGCUUCCACCACAGAAGCCGUUUGGGCAGGAGGCAUCCUUGCCUCUGGCAGGGGAAGAGGAGUUAGCUAAGGGAGGGGAGCCAGACUCUGCCCUGGAGGAGCUCUGUAAGCCCCUCUUCUGCAAACUCUGCAAUGUCACCUUGAACUCUGCUCAGCAAGCCCAGGCACACUAUCAGGGUAAAAACCAUGGCAAGAAACUCCGAAAUUAUUAUGCAGCUAACAGCUGUCCUCCUCCAGCCAGGGUGAGCAGCGUGGUAGAGCCUGUAGCCACACCCCUCCUUCCUGUCCCGCCACAGGUGGGCUCCUGCAGGCCAGGGGGCAGAGUGAUCCUGGCCACUGAGAACGACUACUGUAAACUAUGCGAUGCCUCCUUCAGCUCCCCUGCAGUGGCACAGGCCCACUACCAGGGGAAGAACCACGCCAAGAGACUUCGUCUGGCUGAAGCUCAGAGCAACUCGUUCUCGGACUCUGCAGAGGCAGGGCAAAGGCGGACCCGGAAGGAAGGGAGUGAAUUUAAGAUGGUGGCCUCCAGGAGGAAUAUGUACACAGUCCAGAACAAUUCAGGUCCUUACUUCAAUGCCCGCUCUCGGCAGAGGAUCCCACGCGAUCUCGCCAUGUGCGUGACUCCUAGUGGCCAGUUUUACUGUUCGAUGUGUAAUGUUGGCGCUGGUGAAGAAGUCGAGUUCCGGCAGCAUCUGGAGAGCAAGCAGCACAAGAGCAAAGUGUCUGAACAGCGGUACAGGAGCGAGAUGGAGAACCUGGGCUACGUGUAGUGAUGGCCGCCCGCGCUCAUGGAGAAACUGGUCCUGCCUGUUGUUUGCCUUCUGUCAGCCUGCCUUGCUUUGUGUUCCCCUUGAUACAUACAUUCCUCAUUGCUCUGCUUA